AUGAAUUCAUCUUAAUUCAAAAAUAGAAGUCUACACAUUAAUAAAUUCCAUUCACUUACACCCUCUUAUAGAAAUUAAUAUUCAAACAAGCAAAAUGAAUAGGUUUUUAGUUUCAGCAACGAAGAAUAAAUUUCAUAACGCAAAUACAUGCCUUUUAUCUACACCAAAUAUAAACCAUAUUCACAUUAAAGACGAAUGCAUAACAAUGUUGCUUAAUCUGGUGAUUACUUCAAUAGCACUAUAGAGCAAACUUCCUUUAAUUAAUUUCAACCAAAGAGUCCCUGUUCGAUAUCUCCAUUAAGGAAAAAAACAUUAAAUUCCUUUGUAUUUACAGACACUCUACAAAAUCAACAAUAAAGUCCAAUCAGCUGUAAAUCAGAAGUGAGAUAGUUUUCAUUUGAAUUACCUCAAAUGCAAAUGCAACAAUUUCCCAGAAAAAGAGAAUACACGAUUUUUAAAAAGAAGAAAAAAGUGUAUGCAUUAAAAAUAUAUAAUAAGUGA